CCGGAUGCUGAGAAGAGUUCAGAGAGCGCCGAGACGACAACGCAGCUCAAGCUGGAAGCUGCUGAAAUUGGCGCUUGCUAUAUAUAUUUUUUUAGAAGCUCAUUAGUUGAUUAGAAGUGUAUGAGGCGUCGAUCUCCGACGUGUGAUGCUAAACAUGCAGGUAUUUAACGAUGAAACCGAGUUUACGGACAUUCAUAUGAUCCAAAAAGUUGUGGGCUUAUUUGGUCACCAGCCUCAAAUGCAGAGGAUAAUAACAUGUGGCCUUCUCGGUAUUGAAUAUGAUGCAGAGCUAGAUGUGGAUGACGUGGUUGAUUAUGACAGUUGGGCUCACCGUCGUCACAGCUUUAAUCAAUAUUUCGAUUGCGACACAUUAAGUGAAAACCGUACGGGAGCGUCCAGCUCUACUUAUCGGCCCCCUCUACAUUACUACUCUUCAGUUCGCGGCAAAUCCAGCCCGCCGUCUUAUAAAGUUCAGACGAAGGAGAGCGAUUCUGAACGAAAAGCCCGUUUAUUACAAGAAACUAAAAAGAGCAAAGAAAAAGCAGAGAAAAAGCGGCUUAAGAAACAGAAACGGAAGCAAAGAAAACAAAUGGAGAAGGUGAAACAAAAUCCUGGAGAACCUCAAGAGGGAGACGCUGCAGAAGAAUCAGAGGAGAGUAAAUCUGUUAAUGAUGACGAGAAGAAGAAGAACUUGGCUGCAGCUAAAAACACAGACAGCGACAGCAGCAGCAGCGAACUGGAAUCCAGCGACGACGAUGAAGACGCCAAAAAUGACUCGCACGAUUUCGAGGAACUGGAUAUGGCGAGUUCCUUUGUGACCAAAGCGGCUCUUAUAGCGCAGCGUAAAUUGGAGCAAAAGCCCAAAUCGGAUAAAAAGGACAAAAAGAAGACUCCAGAGAAGGAGAAGUCUAAAAGUGUUCCUGUUAAAACGUCUGAGAAUAAAGAGGACGUGAAGGGGGCGCAGCAAAAGGAUUCUGUCGUCCUCAGCGCUCCUUUUAUAGUAGAUAAUAUAAAAAUAACUUUCCAGGAAUCCAUCUUUUAG